CAUUCUGACGCUAUGACGGACGAACAGGUUAUUCUUCUCUUUGUUGAAGUACUCACACUUUAAUAAUGCAGUGCAGACUGUCCUUCAUGGCAACAGAUAAUGAUGAGUACAGACCGCCUGUGUGGAAAUCCUACCUGUACCAGCUCCAGCAGGAGGCGCCACAUCCACGCAGAGUCACCUGCGUAUCCGAGGUGGAGAACCGGCCCAAGUACUACGGGCGAGAGUAUCACGGGAUGAUCUCCAGAGAGGAAGCUGACCAACUGCUCAGUGUGGCUGAGGGAAGUUAUCUGAUUCGAGAGAGCCAGAGACAGCCGGGCACGUACACGCUAGCGCUACGCUUUGGCAAUCAGACCCGAAACUUCCGUCUGUUUUACGAUGGGAAGCAUUUUGUGGGAGAGAAGCGCUUCGAGUCCAUCCACGACCUGGUAACAGACGGCCUGAUCACGCUGUACAUCGAGACCAAAGCCGCCGAAUACAUAUCUAAGAUGACCAUCAACCCCAUCUACGAGCACGUGGGCUACACCACCCUGAAACCGCGAGCCGGCGCUGAAGAAAGCCCUGCCGGUCUGCAGAGACAUGCCUGAUGGGAAGGACGCCGCUGGAGAAGACACCGGCCUAGAGGAGAGGCUCACGUCGCUGGUCCGUCGAGCCACGCUGAAGGAGAGCGAAUGGGCGCCCAAGUACGAGAAAGUCCACAACUUCAAGGU